UCGUGCCGAACGGUUUCAUCAACACGCAAAAGUAAUGUUGUCAAUAGUAGUGCGGAAGCGUUGUUCAUAUGUGUAGUGUGCAGUAUUUAUAGUGAAUGAGUGAUGGUGCUGUCCUCCUCGCAGCAGGUCGUGAUGGCGUUCACCGCCGUUCUGCUGGUUUUCGUGUUGUUUCCACGCAUGUUCGGCAGCCGGGAGAGUCAGUCAUUCGACCCGCGGAUCAGCAGGAGAGGUCCUGGUCCGGGUCUUGGUCCUGGCAGUAUGAAGAGUCAGCAGCAGGCCCACGUGAACGGUGCACCACCCAAAUCGCAGAAUGUGGAGAACAUGCAUCAGAUGAAGAAACUGAUGGAGCAGGAGUUGAAGAGUGAUAAAUACAAAUCCAACAGCAACAAGGGCUACGUCUUCACACUCAUGCCCAUCUAUGCCAUCGGUGUCGGUCUCUUCGCUGCUUAUAAGUUUAUGAAGAUAAAGUCUGCGAGUGACUCUGAAUCUCAGAGAGCCAAAACGGCUCGAGGAGUGAAAAAAUCAGAGGAGACAGAGAAUCAGCUGAAUGAGUUGGAGCAAAGGUUAGCACAGACCGAGAAGAUGCUCAACUCUAUACUGACCCAACUGGACCCGCUCACAAACUGUGUGAAGUCUGUUGCUAUGGAGCAGAAGAACGAGAUCAUGUCGCAGCUGCAGUGCAUCCGGCAUCUAAUGAAGAAGAGAGGCAUGGAGUGUCCAAACAUCAGGAUAGAGGAGCCAGCAUGUGAGCGCAAUCUCGACAAACUUAUCGAGUCUUUGGCUGCUGCGGAAGCACUUCCAGAAACACAGCUAAAAUCACAAACAGAUACUAAAAUGCAGUCACAUGAUCACAAACCUCUCCGGCCUGACUCUGAGGUAGAAGAGGGACAGGAGGACGGUGAGGAAGAUGAACAUGAAGAGGAAGAGGUUGAUAAUGAGAGUGACUCUAGUAUGCCUUCGCUCGAAGACACGAGUAACAUCAGUGAGGACGUCACCAUCGCACAGAACGUUCCAGAUGAUCUGACGGGUGGCUUGCGAAGACGCAACAGGCCCGAGUAACUGUGACGAGAAUCAGAUGUACUUUUUUUAUACAUAUUUAUUUAUUUAAUACCUUGUGUGAUGAAACGGUCAACACUAUUCACUGGUUAUGUGCAUUAAAUAUUUAGUAUCUACAUAUGUGGUCGUAUGUAGUUAAAAGUCAACGUGAAAUCAUAAUUGACCCUGCUUACUUUCUUAAUACUUGUUUGUGGUCUUAUUGGGAAUGAUUCAUCUGUGCAUGUUAUUCCAAAGAAAAAAAUGUUUGUCGUCGUAACCUAUCAUCAAAACUUCCUCUAUCCUAAAACGAUUUUCCUUUUCAGCUGAUAUCAUCAAGACUGUGUGGCGGAGAAAUUAAUAUUAGCCAAUAGCCAAAUGGCUAUUCACACAUUGUUUCAUUUGUUUUUUCUCAGUGAAUAUUCUGUUUCAUUCAGAAAUACUUCACGUGUGGAAGUAAACUGGCUUGUGAAUGCCUUAUCGACUUUAAGGGUGCACUGAAUAUCUGUAUGUUCCAUUUGGUCAUAAUCAAUUAUUAAUUUCUCUCUAUUUCUUUGAUGGUUUGCUCAAGGCCACAUGAACAAGGCAGCUAGUGAUUUUGCAUCUACCUGUAUGCUGGACAUGUGGUUCAUAUUUCUUUUGCAUGUUUGUCGUGGUCUGUGGAUUUAUGCAGAAUGUUUGUAUCAGUUGCAUGUGAGUGACAAUCAUAUGUGCAAAACCCUUUCAGACUUUGAGGACAUUUUUAUUAUCAAGCUGGAUACAAUUCUGAUUGUGGAUGAAUUUUCCUAAACAGUUUGACUUUGUUACAGCUUUCAGAUUUACAUUUUAAAGUGCAUUUUGAAGUUAAAUCAUGCAUACAUGAACACAUAUCAGAAAAUGUUCAUGCACGUCUUUGCUGUCUGUGUCAGCUUUUCAAAACAUUUCUUAAACGCUACUUUUUAAAAGCCAUUUAUUUUAUGAAUAAAUGUUUCAUCUCUUUAUUCUUUAGGUUGGAUAUGUUAGUUACAGAUUGCCUGUUUUAAGAUGCAUAUCUUUAUAAUUGGUUUUUCAAUGUUAUUUUUACUUGAAUCAUAUUUUACUUAAAUAUGAAAUGGGGGUUGAUUCCUAAAUCAAGACUUUAAGAAAUACUGUACACGUAGUAGACAGCUACAUUAUUCCCACACUAUUUCCUUGUUCAAAGCUGUUUCGUAUGAUGAGGUCAUCAUUUUUAAAACAAUGCUAUUGGUCUAGAAACAUUUAGAGAAUUCUUUUGCAUGGCUUCUGAAUCAUGUGAUGCUUUAGACCUUUAUUUUGAAUCUGCAGGUCACUGUAUAUUAUUAGCAUGUGAUAAUACACUAUGUACUUCCUGUGCUCAUUAUUUCUGCCUUGUAUGUGAUGCACUGUGUAAACCAAUAGAUGAAUAUAUAUUAUGAAGAACUUCAGAGCCUUAAAUAAAUAAACUAAAUAUUAAAUAUG